CGGCGAGCCUCGCGCACCCUGCAACUUCACGCCGCUCAACGUUCCGAAGUUAACGCAAAGUUCCGCCAUUUUGGAACAUGCUCACAACCCACUUGUUUUAUAAAGAAACUUUUUAUUAAUUCCUGUGGGCCGCGGAGUGUCAGUAAGAUGUUUUGAGGUUAUUCUGAAAGACGGAAGACGUUUUUGUGACUCGGAGGUGUUGUUAUUGUGUUACUGUGGCCGUUCUGAGCUCGGAUACUGGUGUUUCUGUGGAUUUCAGCUGUUGUUUUGAAGUGAAACUCGACUGACGUUUGUCGGAUGAUGCUCUUGUAAAUUGUGUUUACUUGGAUACUUCCGAGGAGACGCGGCGAUCACUUCCUGACCUUGCCUAUGGCCCGGACACCUGAAUAAGUGACAGAAUGUCACGCAAGUCCCGGCAGGGGUACAGCAUCCGCCACCUGCUCCAGUUGCCGAAUGCCCCCCGCAGUCCCCCCGCCUCCACCUCCAAUCCCCCCACGCCCAGUGUCAAGGCAUCUUUACGACAGCGUAUUCCUUCGCCAGCGGAUCAAGAUGCGCGCGACUGCGGAGAGGAUUCCAACAAGAAUCCAGAAGAAGAGCAGAUAACACAUAAACUGUUCCGACCUUCUACGUCUAAAAUGGCGGCACCGCUGAACGCGCAGUCGUCACUGUCACAAAUCACCAAAAGAAGGUUGGAAUUUGGAGUGGACGUGGAGACGUUCAGACUGAACGACAGACGCUACGAACGCGUCGAGAGCGACGGCUCCAUGGAUGAGGAGGACAUGCUCGGCAAGCGGCGACGGCGGCUGUUGGACGACGACCGACGGGAAGACGAUCCCCGCCGUCGACCGCUGACUCACAGGCCGCAGCCCUCUCGACAUCCUGAUGAUGAUGAAACACUCAUUCGAGAGACUCAAGCGGCUUUGAAAACCCUCUCUGGCAGUUGGCCUCGAGAACAGUUAACCGCUCAUAGUGGCGACGAAAACGAUGAUGCCACCGAAUUCGAAAACCUAUUUAGUGAUAAGAGAUCUGACAAAAUGCUACCGUCUUCCCCUUCUCAGUCUUCAGAUAGUGCAGACGCUUCCCAAAAGAGCUUUAAUAUUUGCCACCAAACCGACGAUCACCAUACAAAUGGCAUGAGUGAUGAUGAUAGAACAAAAAGAUCUCAACGGUCAGAAAGAGACAGAAGUGUGGAUAGCUAUGAGAAAAAUGGAAAAUGUGGGAACUACGACGCUCCCAAUUUUGAUGAGCUCGUAGAUUCGUCUUCCAAUGAACUAGAGAUAGAUAUGUCUGAUAGAAACGAUGAUAAGUACGACGAUGAAAGAGAUUCUAAAUAUAAACGAAAAAGCGAAAUCGUAUCUGUCAAUAAGCAAUCACUAUAUAAUGCUUACAAGGCUGCUACAGCAGCGCUUCCGUAUUCCACACAAUCUGCUUUCAAGCCUCCAGCAGAGGUGAAACACAGGAUUCACGGGGCGACGCUGCCCAGUGAACCUUUCGGGGGAUAUUCAAAUGAUCACGAAAAGAGUUCUGUGAACAAAGGGUCGAAGCAGUAUACGGUGCUGCAGCCUGCAGGGGUCGGGUCGCGCGCCGCCACCGCGCUGCAGGAAGCCCGCACCGUGCCCUCCGCACAGCCCGCCAGAGACUCGCGACCUCUGGCGGCUCUCUCCCCUCCGGUCGCCAGAGAAGGCAACAAGUGUCCCACACCUGGCUGCAAUGGGCAGGGCCACGUCACCGGCCUCUAUACGCACCACAGGAGUCUGUCAGGAUGCCCAAGAAAGGAUAAAGUCACACCCGAGAUAUUGGCGUUGCACGAGACGAUCUUGAAGUGCCCCACGCCGGGGUGCAACGGCCGCGGUCACGUUAGCUCCAACCGCAGUACGCACCGCUCACUCUCCGGCUGCCCCACAGCCGCCGCACGCAAGGCAGCCGCCCGCUCCCAGCGUGCCAGACCUUCAGUUCCUCCUCCAGCCCCGAUCACCGUAACGGUCGAGCCAGUCGCAGUGCGCGUGGAACGCGAGCCAGCGGCGUCGCCGCAUAGUCCAGCCGUGAAGAGGGAAGCUCCCGAGCUGCUCGUGCCAAAGCGAGAGGCCGCCGAGCCCGAGCGCGACUCCCCUGGGAUGGAGACGCGCCACGCCGGCUACGGCGCGCCGCCCGACCAGCGAUCGCCGUACGAGCGACCGCCUGACGACCACGUUCGGUCAUAUAGUCAAAUGAACGAAGCGCGGUACGGUUAUGAAUCCCGGUGCUACGAGGGUGCUCCGGCCUUCGAGCGGUACGACCCUGCGCAGUGUCCGCAGCGACCGUACGGCUGGGAGGAGGAGCGCUACCACGACCCUCACCUCCCCACUCCCAUGAAAACCGACCAGUCCGAGCAGGAGACCAACUCCGGACCCAUUUACCCUAGACCAAUGUACCACUACGAAACGAGUAGCGGAGUAGGGGGCGUGAGCUCGAUGGCGCCGGGCGUGCCGCCAGGUUUCUCCGCGAUCAACCUGUCGGUGAAGAUCGCGGCAGCACAGGCGCAGCGCCCGCGCAGCCCCACCCCUAGGGAUCCCAGGGAUCCACGUCCAGCCAUAGAUCUUUCCACUUCCAGUGGUAGUCCACAGGGUCCAUAUGCAUCACCGGUGUACACAAGCGCCGGUGGCGGCAGCGGGGGCGGAGCCCGAGGCAGCCCGCAGCCGGGCGCUUCGCCCCAACUCAGCGCCAGCCCACAGGUGCCCAGUCCGCAGGGUCAGACCCUCGACCUUAGCGUGUCCCGUUUACCACAUAGUCGCGGCUUCCCCGGCGGUGUUUCGUACAGUCGAGAAUCAACGCCAGAUAGUGGAGGGAGCCAUCCUUACCUUGAAGCGUACCAUCGAGACACUGCUGGUUACGGCGGUGUUAGUCCACAUCCGGUAGCAGGGUACGGCCUCGGCCAGCCUGACUACGCGGCAGCGGCAGCAGCAGCCGGCUACGGCGGCUAUCAGUACCAAUGCGGGGCUUACCCCCCGCCCCCUGCGUACCCCCCACAUGCACCGCCGUACUCACCGCCCUGUUACAUGCCACCUCCUCAUGCGCCGCACGACAAACCUAAAGAUAGCAGUUUGUAUAUGUGCAGUCUAUCGGGGUGCCCGCGCGCCGACCGCAGCCAACUGCAGCCGCACUCCCAGGAGCUGAAGUGUCCGACACCAGGCUGCGAUGGCUCCGGACACGUUACCGGCAACUACUCGUCUCACCGAUCUCUGUCCGGCUGCCCCAGGGCGAACAAGCCCAAGAGCAAACCCAGGGAUGGACAGGACUCCGAGCCGCUCAGAUGCCCUAUACCGGGCUGUGACGGAUCUGGACACGCUACAGGGAAAUUCUUAUCGCAUAGAAGUGCCUCCGGUUGUCCAAUCGCGAAUCGCAACAAGAUGCGAGUCCUAGAAAGCGGGGGCACAGUGGAGCAGCACAAAGCGGCGGUGGCGGCAGCGGCAUCCGCCAUCAAAUUCGACGGGGUCAACUGCCCCACGCCUGGGUGCGACGGGUCUGGGCACAUAAAUGGGUCAUUCCUGACGCAUCGCUCGUUAUCGGGCUGCCCAGUGGCGGGCGCCGCGACGCCGACCCCUCAGCCUAAGAAGCCCAAGUACCCUGAUGACAUCACACCGCUAUACCCUAAACCUUAUUCAGGCAUGGAGAUGAACAUGCAGACAGGCAACGGCGAGGACCUGAUGACACUAGAGCAGGAGAUCACAGAACUACAGAGAGAGAACGCGAGAGUGGAGUCACAGAUGAUGCGUCUCAAGUCAGAUAUCAACGCGAUGGAGACGCAUCUUAGUCAUGGCGAACGGGAGAAUCAGCUGAUAUCACAGCGCAACAACAACCUUAACGAGUACUACGAGAGCCUCCGUAACAACGUGAUAACGUUGCUGGAACACGUGCGAAUCCCGGGCGGCGGUCCCGCGCCCCCCGCGGCCGGCGGCGCCCCCGCGCCCCCGCCCCCCGGGCCCGGGGAGAAGCCCGCGCACGACAACUUCGACUCAUACCUUACCAAGCUCCAAACCCUGUGCUCCCCCGACGGAUACUGCCCCGACGAAAACCGGCCCAUCUACGAAACCGUCAAAAACGCGCUCCAGGAUUUCACAGUGCUCCCCACACCCAUUUAAGGUUCGCCGAGCGCCGCCGAAUCCGAGCGACAGUGAGUCGCCAUCGGUGGAGCUUAUGCUAAACUAUAGUGACUGAAUCGUCAGUAACCAAAGAUUUUCAAGUGACACUCCAAAGUGUUCGCACAGACAGACAAUAUGUGUUCUAAUUAGGUAACCGAUGUCUGUUUUGUAAACCGUUGUAUACGAUGUGUGACUUCUUUAUGACAUCACGUCAACACUCGACUCGUUCGACUUUUUAAUCUGUAAGACGGACUUAAUCUAGAUCUAAAUAAAUUUUAAACACUGUUACUCGUAUGCUUAAUAAUAAUAUUUGUUAGGAAAAAAUUUAUACUACGUACGUAAGCUAUUAUAGCCGACAAUCGCGGAAAGAUUCGAUUAUGUAAAUAUUGUACCUAAAUUUUGGAUAUAAAUAAAUCGAUUUUAUCAUCUGACUGUUCUCGAUUGUGGAUUCAGUUUUAAGGUGCUUUCACAUUGCAGUUAUUUAACAUAUCUAACAUUUUCUAAUAUUGCGAUAUAAAGAGAAAAUUUGUUGUAAAAUGUUUUGUUGCAAUGGUUUUGUAACAUCAUUGUGGGAGCACCAUUCGAUGAAUUAAGCAGGACCUAAUUUUGUUAUACCAAAAACGAUAUAGAUAGCUUGUAAGGUGAAACAGUUACUGUCACUACUAACGUUCUCAUCUCACUGGGAUUGUGCCAAACGCUUGCGUCACCGCAGCUCCCGUUCGCUGAUGUAUUAAGACUAAUUACUAAUAUAGAAUUACUAACUAUGUAAACAGGAUUAAUAAGCUCCUCAUAGGACUUUCUAGUCAGUUUUGUAAAUAACUGUGAAUAAAUAGUUGUCGCGUCAUAGGGACGUAUUUAUUUGUAUUAGUAAAUAAUGAGAUCUCAUUAGAUCGAGUAAGUUAAUAAUUCACUCAUUAAUUGAUAACCAAUUUUAGGGAAUAAAUGGACUUUCUUUGUUAGCCAAUGUUCACUUGCUGUGAUUAUGUUACGUGUUAUUUACCUAUUUAUUGUUACCUGCGAUUGUGAUAGCGUAAAGAUCAAGUUGAAUGUUAAUUUGCAAUAUUUUAGUUACGUAACUUGCUUGACAUCAUUUUGUGCAAUUAUUGUUUUUAUUAUGCUAAACUACCCAUUUGUUCAUACGAUUCUCAAUGAAUUAAACUUUGGUACACAGAAUGAGUAAUAUUCGCAUUUAAAUACUAAAACCUAUUACUACGUUACUACUCUGAUUGUCAUAUACGUUUCUGUAAAAUAUUGAGUAUGUGUUGUUAAAGAGAAUAAAAAUAAUAAAAUAAUGAGACUAUCGCAUAUU